GUCCAAUCCCGCCCCGACAGCUCCCGAGCCAGAGGCGCGCGCGAACGCAGCCGCCGCCGCCGCCCCCACCACCACCAUGCCGAGCCAGCAGAUCCCGGCCACGCCGGUCGGCGGCAUCACCUCCCGCCGCCACGCCAAGCUCCUGCUCCACCUCGUCGAAGGGGACGGGGGUGCCGCCGCCGGCGGCGGCGCGUCCGUCAAGGACCUCCGCCUCCGCCGCGUCGUCCCUCCCGCGUCCGCGACCCUCGACGUCUCCCCCGAAUGCGCCGCGGCCGCCGCCAAGCCCGGAUCCGUCCAGAUCCAGAGCACCCCGCCGGAGCCCGUGGCGGCCGCCGAAGACCGCGAGAGGAAGCCGAUGCUGCCGCGGUCCAAGCUCGUGCGCGACCCGGGCUCCUUCGGCUACCGGCGGCUGCUCCCUUUCCUCAACCAGAUGGCCAACAAAGGUUCAGACAUCUCAAGCAGCAAGGACAUGCCCUCCGAAAACAAGGUUCCCAUCCCAAGCAAGGAGCUCAGCAGAUCUGACUCCGGGUUGGCUGAUGAGAUACCUCCCGUGGGUGGGAGUCAAGGCGGAGCUGCUCCUCUGGAUUCCGUGGAGCCGCCGCCUGUUGUGAAGGCUGUAGCAGACACGGAGAUCUGUGACAGUGUCAAAGAAGAAACCAAGUCUGCCCCUGUCGAUCUCGCAAGCAGCAAGCCCUCUCUUGCCCGCUGCACGAGGUCAAAGUUUGUUCAUCACCCGAGCUCAUUCAGCUACAAGAGGAUGUUGCCAUUUCUCAUGGAGAACGACAUCUCCUCUCAGGAAGGAGACAGGGCCAAGUUUAGAAGAUUAUCAGAAGAGCAGCAAAUGACAUCUGAUGAGACUGAUGUCCAGGCCAGUGGACAGAUUCAAUCUGCCACUGCAGAAGUUUUGCUGGAUGGCAGUGCAGCUGAAGUGCAGAAAGGCACACAAGGAGAAGAGCCAGCUUCAGUUGGAGACCCAUUGUCUUCAGAGAGUGGUGAAUUAGCAUCAGGCGUGAAUGCUGUUCCGUCCGGUCGACAGAACCAGCUUCCUGUUUCAGAAGACACUCAUGGUGAAGGAAAUGCAGCUGAAGUUGAAAGCACUGUGGAAGAGAAGGCAUCAAAAUCAGAUGAGAAGCCUGUUCCUAUGGAUUCUGUAGACCUGCCUGUUGGGAAGGCUGAAGGAACUCAGGAGGCGAAGGAUUGCUGUGACAGUGUGAAAGAGGAAACCAAGAUUGUACCUGCUGAUCUUGCAAGCAGCAAGCCGUCCCUUCCCCGCUGCAUGAGGUCAAAGUUUGUUCCCCAUCGAAGCUCAUUUAGCUACAAGAGGAUGCUGCCAUUUCUCAUGGAGAAUGAAACCUCUUCUCAGAAAGAAGACAUGGCCAAACUUCAAACAGUCUCGGAAGAGAAGCAAUUAGCAUUGCCUGAAAAUGAUGUGUUGGCUAGUGGAAAUCAUCUUUCUGUCUCAGAAGGCUCCCCUGAAGCAUGCUACCAAGCUGAACUUGACAGAAUUGUAGAAGAAAUAUCAUCAACAGAUGAGAACUAUCUUUUGAAGGGUGUACAGCUUCAGUCUGUUGUUCCAGUUGCAGAAGUCUCUCUGGAUGUCAGUACAGCUGAAGUGCAGAAAGUCACACAAGAAGUGUUGGCUUCAGAUGGAGACCUAUUAUCCCCAGACAAGCGUGAGCUAACAUCAGAGAGGAAUGAUGUCCUGGCUGGUGGACAGUGUCAGCUUGCUGUCUCAGAUGGCUCUGCUAAGGAAAGUGAUGUAGCUGAAGCUGAGAGGAUAGUUGAAGAAAAGGCAACAAAAUCAGAUGAGAAUUCUGUACUUAAUGACAGAGAUGAGUCAAGUGGAUUAGCAUCAGACAAGGGUGAGUUUCUGAUGAAAGAUCAGCCUCAGGCAUGUGACUCAAAGAAGUUACAAUGCAAUGCUGAUCUUGCUCUAGCACAACAAUGCCAGAGCCCAGAGUCAGGAUGUUCUAUCAAGACAGUAAUGGUGGAUGGUGGAGCUGAUCCACACGGUUCACCAGAGAGACAUGAUUCUGUGGCUUCUCUUGGUGGCCUACUGCUUGAUGUGGGAAUGAUCUGCAAGCCUUCUGAACCUUCUAUUGGCUCACCCUUAUCAGCAGAGGGAAUGUCUGGUUGUGUUGCACAUGCUGAAUCAGGGCUGAGUAAAGUGGGCACACCGUCUCCAUUGGGUUCUCCUUGUUUGGAACAACAACGCCUUUCUCCGAAGAUACCCUCCCCUAGCAGUGGCGCUUUCAGCGGCGCCUCUUUUCUGAAGAAGCGGGGCUUUUCUCCGAAGAAACUUUCUCCAAAGAAGGGAAUACUUAAGAGGCAUACAAUGGGGUGCAGGGGCAUCUGCAUGUGCUUGGACUGCAGUGUGUUUCGUCUACGUGCUGAUAGAGCUUUUGAGUUCUCUAGGAAGCAGAUGCAAGAGGCAGAUGAUAUAAUAGUGAACUUACUGGAGGAGGUGGCAAGUCUUAGGAGUAUGGCCGAGAAAUCUUCUGGCAAGCAGGAGCAGAUGGAAGCUUGCCAGAGGGCGUUGCGGGUAGAGGAGGUGGCCAAGGAGCGUCGGCAGCAGAUGCUGGCCGAGCUCAACUCUCACUGCAAAAUUCCUGGCCCAAGGGUGAAAUUCGCUCAGUACGUCGAGGGAAAGAUGGCCUCUUCUCCUUCCAGCAGCAGCAGGAGGCAAUAACCACAUUUGCGAAGACGCCGGUGAUUGAUCGCUGCCGGAUGUUUGUGGUAGUGCUGGAUUUUGUGGGAAUUCAGCGCAGUUCAGUGCAAUUGUUGUCUCAUGAUUAGAUUAUGUAGAGAGAGGUGGAAGCUCUGUUGGUUCCACUGAAGGAAGAAGGAACAAAAGCUGGUUGUGAUGUGUCUGUUCGCAUGUAAAUCAAAGUUUUUUUUAAAAUCAAAGCUGUGAAACUGGAACAUGCCAA